UUUUUUAAUUUAUUUAUUUUUUUGUGAUGGAAAGCUAUAAAGUAGUCCUGUAUCAAACAUUCCUAUACUAUCUGGUUGUUAUAUUUGUCAGGGGAAAAAAGUUCAUUAACUGUUGAAAAAUGUGUGGUAGCCCUGUGAACACCAGGAAACCACAGCAACUCAGAAGACUUCUCAAAUAAGCUCUGCACCUCACACACUCUUUUUCUUCAGGUUGUUGCACAUCUAAAUUACUAAAAUAAAUCUCACCAACCUAGUGGUACAUCAUUUUUCUCACUUCUUUUUGCAACUGGUGCAUCCUCUGAGCGUCUUCCUAAGAGGAAGUGAUUGUGCGUACAUGAGAAAACUGCUUAAACAUUCUUUAAUGCCAUGACAAAAGAUCUCAUGAAAAAAAUUUGUGUUAAGAUUCUCACAUCAAUUGUUGAAGAAAAACUGCUUUUUUAAAAAGUAACUACACUCAAGACCCAGUUAACAAUAAGUCAAGUCCCUCAAAUUAUCUAUAUUGACAUGGUGGAAAUAACUCUCCGUAAACUCAGUAAUUCUCAUUUCAGAACCAUAAGUUAAAAAAAAUGCGCCUCUUUGUGAUAUAUUUAAAAGUUUUAAGGAAACAGAGAGAGAGAGAGAGAGAGAGAGACUGUUAUUGCAGCUUGUGGUUUCUAAGCAUGUGACAGGCUACAUUUUCUCUACUUUGCCCAUCACUCGUGCACAGAUGGCAAGCAGCACAGAGAUGGCAUACUCUGAUGUUACAAUGAGCUCCACAAGUGAGGCCUAUACUCAUGAUUUUUCAAUGAAUUCCACAGAUGACUACGACUACUACAUCACUGUCGAGAACAAUUCCGUACUGAUGCCCAUGUCCAAUAUCUACAUUCCUGUGCUGUACCUCAUCAUGUUCAUCAUUGGCUUCUUGGGGAACCUGUUCGUCAUUGUGGUCAUCGGACAGCGGCGAAAAAAGAAUGGACGUCUGGUGGACACCUUCGUGAUAAACCUGGCAUUAGCCGAUCUUGUGUUUGUCUUCACAUUGCCACUGUGGGCAAUUGCGGCCAGAUUUGAGGAGUGGCCCUUUGGCGAAACCUUAUGCAAGAUCAGCAGCUUUAUCAUUGCGGUCAACCGCUUUUCCAACAUCUUCUUCCUCACGUGUAUGAGUAUAGACCGAUACCUGGCUGUCGUGCGCCUCAUGGACUCUCAGUUUCUGCGAAGCAGCAACUGUGUGCAGAUCACCUGUUGUGCCGUGUGGAUCAUUUCUUUCUUCUUGGGAAUCCCAUCAUUGGUCUACCGUCGGCUGACAGGCAAUAUGUGUUCAGAGGAUUCGAAAUCCUCUUUUGUCCAAGGCAUGAAUCUCCUGACCAUAUUUCUAACCUUCCUGCUUCCUGUACUGAUUCUCUGCCUCUGUUAUGGAUCAAUUUUGAUUAACCUGCGGCGUCACUCUCAUAUGGCCACAAACUCACGUGCAGAAGCCAGACGCAGACAUUCGCUCAAGAUUGUGUUUGCCAUAAUUGCAGCUUUCCUGAUCUCUUGGCUACCUUUCAAUUUGUUCAAGACCAUGCAGGUUAUCAUACUGAUGAGCACCGGAGAUCUUAGCGGGGAAACAAUGUCGGUUGUAGGUAAUGGUCUAGUGCUAUCCUGCUGCCUGGCAUUUCUCAACAGCUGUGUAAAUCCAGCCAUCUACUUCUUUUUGGAUCAGCAUUUCAGGCGCAGGGCUUCGAAAUUGUGUCUGAGCUGUCUGGGUCAAGGAGAGGUGCACCAGAGCUACAUCUCUUCGAAUUCUCUCUCUAACGGGACAUCUGAGACCUAUUCUGGAAAUACAUCAACCCGCGGGCGGCUUUUCUCUCUUUCUCAGAAGGACUGAAAACUGUUUUUCAGUUUGCUGUUUUCAGAAUGCUCUCUUUCUUCAUCGUUGAAAUUAUCAAAUAAAGUAGAUGUUAGGAUCUUUUGUUUUAUGCAUUUGCUAAAAUUUGAUAUUAAUUAAUUACCCAGAGCAUUUAAUAUGAAUAUUGCAUUUAUUUUACUUUUUUUUUUUUUAUGUUCUAUACAUUUGAAUAUUUAAUUUCCUACAUACAAUAGAUUAUGUAUGGGUGAACAUCACUUAGUAUACAAGAUUAAUUUAGGUAUUUUCACACAGUAAUAAUUGACAUCCUAACAUCAUGAGGUGACUGUAUUGCAAUUUAGUGACAAUCGUAAAUAUUCACAAUGUAUUAUGUUUAAACUCUUCCUAUAUGCAGCUUUAAAAUAAAUGGAUUUGUUUUUAAGUUAAGUCUAUGUAUGCAAAGCAAUUAAAUAAUACAUACAUUUUUGCAUUUAUUUUAUAUAACUUUUUCAGCAAAGUUCUACAUUUCUGUAUUUAA